AAAAAAAAAAUUACUCUCCCCAUAUCGAAUGUGAUUCCAAUGGAGAGAGAGAGGAAUUACGAGCGUGAGGGAAACGAACUCUCAAACAGUCCUUUUUAACGAAUAUAUAAUAAUAAAGGGGGUCGUGGAGAUAAAGAGCCGAAUCGCUCCCCAAGGCCCGACGCGAAGCCCUCAUCGGGCGAAGUCCGCAGAGGAGAAUCCGGAGGACGAAGAGGAGAGAGAAGAGAGAAUGAGGGGAAGGAGAGGAUUUUGUUGAAAUAAUUUGGAAAAAUAACCGGGAAAAUUUUGAUUCCCAGUCGAGGCCAGCUUUCCUCCGCACCCAAUCUUGCGCUUCGGGAGCUAGAAAGAUUGAUUUUAGCAGCCCGGUGAUUGGAUUUAUCAUCUCAAGCUUCAAUCUUGUUCUGGCUCUGGAGAUAUGUUGGAGGGCCAGUCCUGUUUGAUCUCGAGGAUGCUGCCUAGCUCCUGUGAGCAAGAAUCCAAGUGGCUGUAUAUGACCUACCAGCUACUUGAGAUCACGAACAACAAACGCCCACCGAGUGUGGAACUUGGGGAGCAACACGAAGAUGUGAAGAGUAAGAGGACAAAGUCGCUGAAUCCCCGAGAUCCUUCCCUUAUCGAGGAAACGGAGCCCCCUGUUGGUGAAUCCGAUUGUCAGGGCCACGGCGGUAGUGGGCAGCCCGCUGUUGAUGAGUCCGAUUGUCCCCAAGAUCCUUCGCUUAUCGGGGAAAUGGAGCCCCCUGUUGAUGAAUCUGAUCGUCAGGGCCAUGGUGGUGGUGGGCAGCCCCCUGUUGAUGAAUCCAAUCAUCCCCAAGAUCCUUCCCUUAUCGAAGAAAUGGAGCCCCCUGUUGAUGAAUCCGAUCAUCAGGGCGAUGGUGGUGGUGGGCAGCCCCCUGUUGAUGAAUCCGAUCAGGGCCAUGGUGGUGGCACGCAGCCCCCUGUUGAUGAAUCCGAUCAUCAGGGCCAUGGUGGUGGUGGGCAUUCUGAUUCAAAUUCUCUUAUCAGUGCAAUUGGCCGAGACAACUCUAUAAACUGUCUUCUUCAUUGUUCUCGAUCUGAUUAUGGUGCCCUUGCUUCCCUUAACCGGAGCUUCCGUUCCUUGAUACGGAGCGGUGAGCUUUACAAGUUACGGCGGCUGAAUGAGAUCACUGAGCACUGGGUGUACUUCUCCUGCAGUGUCCUUGAGUGGGUGGCAUAUGACCCAUACCGUGAGCGCUGGAUCACCCUCCCAAGGAUGCCUCACAAUGAUUGCUUCAUCUAUGCAGAUAAGGAGUCUCUCGCAGUGGGCACCGAGCUCCUUGUUUUUGGCAGGGAGAUUACUUCUCAUAUAGUACUGAGAUACAGCAUCCUAACAAAUUCUUGGUCUCCUGGUGUAGAGAUGAACUCCCCUAGGUGCUUAUUUGGAUCUGCUAGCUUUGGGGAGAAGGCUAUUGUAGCUGGUGGUACUGAUGCUCGAGGUACUAUAUUGAACUCUGCAGAGCUCUAUAAUUCUGAAACACAAAAGUGGGAAACUCUUCCGAGCAUGAAUAAGCCAAGGAAGAUGUGUUCGGGUGUCUUUAUGGAUAAUAAAUUCUAUGUGAUCGGAGGCAUGGCUAGCAACACAGAGUUGCUAACGUGUGGAGAAGAGUAUGAUUUGGAGAAAGGCACCUGGAGGGUCAUCCCAAACAUGUCCUCAGGACUCAAUGGUGUUGCAGGUGCACCUCCACUUGUGGCAGUUGUUAAUAAUGAACUGUAUGCUGCAGAUUAUGGAGAAAAGGAGGUGAGAAAAUAUGAUAAGGAGAAUAACUCAUGGGUUACUCUUGGUAGAUUGCCUGAGAGGCCAGAUUCAAUGAAUGGAUGGGGGCUUGCAUUUCGGGCAUGCGGUGAACGACUCAUAGUCAUUGGAGGAGCAAGGGCGAUGGGAGGAGGGACCAUUGAGCUAAAUUCAUGGAUGCCAGAAGAGGGCCUACCAGAGUGGAACCUCAUUGCAAGCAGACAUUUAGGAAGCUUUGUGUAUAAUUGUGCUGUGAUGGGCUGCUGAUUUAUUCUGAUGCCUUAUGUACUGCACAUCUCCUUUCCUGGUGGAAGGAUGUGCAAAAUUGGUUUAUUUGAGGGCAUAAAAUACUGAUUCUGCCUGAUGGGUAAUCUUUGCCUUUUUGAAAUUUCCGAAUUUACUCAAGAUUCAAUAGAACAGUCUCUUCUAUGUAACUCCAGAGCUUUGUCUUUUUUCUUUUUCUUUUUCUUUUUUUUUUUCAGUUUUACCCUCAUUUAAUUUGCAGUAGAAGAAUUUAAAACUUCUGCCAUUUUCUGUUGAGCAUGGGAAUUAUUGGUGGUUUGGGAUCAUGCAGUACAGUGAAGCAUUAAUAAUUUCUUGUAUCAAACUUUCCUAAACUGCCUUCCUCGUUCAAGUUUGUUAGUUUCAUUGUACCUUCAUGUGAUUUCAUAAUGGCUUCCUCCACUUGAGGAAAAUAAAUUGUUGUCAGGUUUCCUUGUGUCCUAUUGCUACUAUACAUGCUUCCGUU